AUAUUGGGAGUUUCGGGCAAUGUCCUGCUUAUCUUGGUGGCCCAUAAAUUCAGCUUUCUCACGCAGCCCGUGUACACCUAUUUGGUGUCAAUGGCAUAUGCCGAUCUACUGGUCUGCUUAACGGCCAUCCCGGAAGCCAUUGUGUCGUAUCAUUUUGGAAAUCAGUGGUUCCUCGGCCAAGCGGGCUGUUCCGUAUUCGUAUUUCUCAAUUUCUUUGGGAUUAAUGCCGGGGUCGCCAGCAUGUCCAUGAUGACCUUUGAGCGCUACGUCGCCGUUUGCCGUCCGUUAUUAGCCCGAAAAGUCUGCACUGUGGAGCGCACGCGCAAGAUCAUAAUUUCUUUAUGGAUUGCAGCAGCCGUCUACUGCUCACCGUGGCUGGGUCUGACCGAAGUGAAAACCAUCGGAGGGACAGAUCGAGAAAUUUGCGAUUUCCGUUUAACGCAAGAGUACUACAUAUUCAUCUUCGGCGCGGAUUUAUUAAUAUUUUACUUCUUCCCGCUGUUAGCGGCGAUUACAGUCUACAUAAAGAUCGACGAGUCGCUACGAAAGCGCGAAGCUGCGAUCGGCGACGCCAUCGUCUUUGGCAUUUAUUUCCGAGCAAUGUGA